AUGACCAUCUGCGGCACAUUCGUGCCCAAGGGCACAGCAAUGCUGGUAGUGCCAGCAGUGACCAGCCUAGCGCGGGCGUCGUGGGGCGACGACGUGGACGAGUUCGUGCCAGAGCGAUGGGACCUCCUCGAGAGCCCAGGGUCAAAGAACCCGUACGCCGUCGGCGCCUUCAUGCACGGCCCCCGUGUGUGCAUUGCCAAGCACUUCUCGCUAGUCGAGUUCAAGGCGCUGCUAAUCGAUGCCGUGCGCAGCUUCCGCUUCCUGCCCGGCCCGCAGCUCGAGGCGCUCGCCGGCCGCCUGCCCGCCGUCGACAACCCGGCGUUGGCGUUCAGGCCAAAGGGCGGGCUCCAUAUCGUGCUAGAGAAGAUUUGA